UUCACCAGGAACAUUCAUAGUAGUUACUUACAUUUUACUAUAAAUACACGAGUUUUACAUAAAAGGGUUAUAAAGCAUUAAGCAACUUCCAAAACGUUAAAAUAUAGAUCUAUGACCACAUUUUGAAGUGCUCAGUAAUUGGGAACAUUAACACUUAAAUUUUAAUUCAUGGAAGAUUAAUCGUGAAACAUUAUCAAAACAUUAACAUUAACAUUCAUAGAAAAUGAUCGCCUUCAGUUUUUAUAACUUAGAUAAAUGGAUAAACGAUCAUGGAGAUACACGAAUCACACAAUAUUGGCUGAUGAGUUCAAUGUGGCCGGUACUCUUGAUAUUGAUCGCCUAUUUAUAUUUUGUACUCAAAUUGGGUCCCAGUAUUAUGAAAAACCGGAAACCUUUCAAUAUUGAUAGAAUUGUUAUGAUUUAUAACAUUGUUCAAGUCCUAUACUCAACUUAUUUGGUUAAAGAAGCAUUUCGGCUGUACUGGUUUCAAAAUGACUACAGAUUUAAUUGCAUAGAAAUGGAUUACAGCUAUACUGAUAUAAGCAAAGAUAGAAUUUUCGUCGUUUGGUUAUAUUUUAUUUCGAAGGUUUUGGAUUUACUUGAUACGAUAUUCUUCGUCUUACGAAAAAAACAAAAUCAAGUCACAUUUUUACAUGUUUAUCAUCAUGGUAUGGUACUGACUUUUGGAUGGAUCUUUGUGAAAUUUUAUCCAGGAGGGCAAUUAGCGUUGUUUGGAACAAUUAAUGCGUUCGUGCAUGCAAUAAUGUAUAGCUACUACUUUUUAACUGUAUUGAAACCAGAAUACAAAAAAGCGUGGUGGAAAAAAUACUUAACUCAACUUCAAUUGAUUCAAUUUGUGAUAACAGCUGUCAAUGGAUUUAUGGCAUUAUUAGCUAAAGAUUGCUCCUAUCCAAAAUCAUUCCUAUGUUUUGUUUUGCCACAAGAUAUAUUUAUGUUCUUUUUGUUUUGGAAUUUUUAUAAAAAAACUUAUUUAAAAAUAAAAAAUAUUUAAGAAUAAUUUUUGAUAGAAU